CAAGCCAAGCGCAACUGCUGCAAGCAGACGACGCCACCACGCCCCCACACCCUCCGAGAGCCACGCGCCAUGCCCCCGACCCCGACCCCCGCCGCCGCCGCACCGGGCGCCGCCGCGGCGCCGGCAGCGGGGGAUCAGGCGGCGUUCCGCCUCGUCGGCCACCGCGGCUUCGUCCGCGUCAACCCGCGCUCCGACCGCUUCCACACGCUGUCGUUCCACCACGUCGAGCUCUGGUGCGCCGACGCCACGUCCGCCGCCGGCCGCUUCUCCUUCGGGCUCGGCGCGCCGCUCGCCGCGCGGUCCGACCUCUCCACGGGGAACUCCGCGCACGCCUCGCUCCUGCUCCGCUCGGGCUCCCUCGCGUUCCUCUUCACCGCGCCAUACGCGCACGGCGUCGACGCCGCAACCGCAUCCCUGCCGUCCUUUUCCGCGCCCGCCGCGCGGAGCUUCGCGGCCGACCACGGCCUCGCGGUGCGCGCCAUCGGGCUCCGCGUCGCCGACGCCGAGGACGCCUUCCGCGCCAGCGUCGCCGCCGGCGCGCGCCCCGCGUUCAAGCCCGUCGAGCUCGGCCUCGGGUUCCGCCUCGCCGAGGUCGAGCUCUACGGCGACGUCGUCCUCCGCUACGUGAGCUACCCGGACGCCGAGGACGCGCCCUUCCUGCCGGGCUUCGAGAACGUGAACAACCCCGGGGCGCUGAACUACGGGCUCAGGAGGUUCGACCACAUCGUCGGCAACGUCCCGGAGCUGGCGCCGGUGGCCGCGUACGUCGCCGGGUUCACGGGGUUCCACGAAUUCGCCGAGUUCACGGCGGAGGACGUGGGCACGGCGGAGAGCGGGCUCAAUUCGAUGGUGCUCGCCAACAACUCCGAGACCGUGCUGAUCCCGCUCAACGAGCCCGUCCACGGCACCAAGCGCCGCAGCCAGAUACAGACGUUCCUGGACCACAACGGCGGCCCCGGCGUGCAGCACAUCGCGCUGGCCAGCGACGACGUGCUCAGGACGCUGCGGGAGAUGCAAGCACGCUCAGCCAUGGGCGGAUUCGAGUUCAUGGCGGCUCCACCGCCCGACUAUUACGAAGGUGUGAGGCGGCGCGCCGGGGACGUGCUCUCGGAGGCUCAGAUUAAGGAGUGCCAGGAACUGGGGGUGCUGGUGGACAGGGAUGACCAGGGGGUGUUGCUCCAAAUCUUCACCAAGCCAGUGGGGGACAGGCAAACAUUGUUCUUGGAGAUAAUACAAAGGAUUGGGUGCAUGGAGAAGGACGAGCAGGGGCAGGAAUACCAGAAGGGUGGUUGUGGCGGUUUUGGAAAGGGAAACUUCUCGCAGCUGUUCAAAUCCAUUGAGGACUAUGAGAAGUCCCUUGAAUCAAAGCAAGCUGCUGCGGUUCAGGGAUCCUAAAUUAGGAGCUAGAAGAAGUGCAACAGUUGUAGUGCUUUGUGUUAUGGAGCAAAACAAAAGACGUUGCCAGAAAUGGAUGUUGUAAUUGUUGAAUAUAUGAAGAAAGAUCCUACAGUAAGUGUAAAAGGUGGAAGAGAGGGCAAACACCAUAAUAUUGAUAAUGCAUUGUUUAGCGACUUUGUUGUACUACAAGUUUGCAUGAAAAUAAAAUGAGCCAUGAGGAAUGAUGAUUCUGUGCC